CUUUGAAAUUCUCUUAAUUCAUUUUUUUUAUAGUUUUAUGGUCGGCCGCCAAAGUCGUCGGCGCGUGGACUUGCUUUCGCGGGAGCUACGAAUUUAAAAGUUGACAUUGUCAACUGAACCCAAUGGUUUAUUUUUCGUUCUUCCUCCCUCACUCGGCACGCACAUUCACCCUCCUAUAAAAACCCCACAAGCCCCCUCCCCCACACACAAACCUCUCCAUUUCCUCCUCGCCCAAAAUCUCAUUCACAGAUCUCUGAAAACUCUGAAAAUGUCUCAAUCCCACAUCGUCUCCGCACUCAUCCUCCUCCUCAUCCUCCUCCCAUGUUUCCACUCAGCUCGUCUACUCAACGACUUCCCCGCCGCCGCCACCCACCUCGCGCUUCCCACCGAUGAACUCCACCUUCCACCGGAGAAACACUCCGGCGCUCUUCCAUGUGAGAUGGGGCCGAACAACAACUACCCGGGACCUCAUAGGCUCCCAAGAAAGUACCGGCCGCUGUAUCUGAACCAUGUUCUCCCCAAGGGCACCACGCCGCCGUCGGGACCCAGCAAAGGAAUCAACGACGUGAAGAACUAGAAGGAGAGCUGAAGCCGUAGUUGCACCAUCAUCAAUACCUCUGUUGAUUUGUUAUUCUUUUUCCAAGUUUUUUUUGUGGGUUUUUUACGUGUAUAUUUCGAUUAUAGAAGCGUUUACAGGUCUUACAAAUAUUAAGAAUGAUUGCUUUUAUCCUUAA